AUGACCGACGAGGAACAAGGCAUCCAGCGCCCAGCGCAAACAUACCAGACACCCGACUGGGAGACUCCUACGGCCAACAAGCGUCGCUCUUUCUUCGAUCGCUUCGCUCCUGCGACGACUGGUCAACAGCACGAUGAUCGCACGCAUACUACCCCCGCGGCAACGAACGAGGGCGGAUUCGCAAAAGAGGAUACUCAACGCUCAGAUGAUCACGCCCAUCUGACCGCUCCUGCCACCGGCGCCGCGGCCGCUGCAGGCGCAACGGCAGCACACAAGGCCUAUCCCUCCCUAGCGGCCCGCUUCGAUUCUCUGCUACCGCCGCAAAAGACCUACUUUGGCCUGUCACGAAAGCGAUUCCUUCUCUUCGUCGUACUGCCGCUCGCAGUCCUUCUCCUGCUCAUCCUACCUCUGGCCCUCGGCCUCGGUCUCUCCAAGCGCGGCGGAGGAAAGCAAGAUCUGCCCCUUCCGAACAAUCAAGAUGUUCACACCGGUGAUCUCACAUACUACGCUCCCGGGCUGGGCGCAUGUGGAAAGACGAGCAGCGAUAGCGACAUGAUUGUUUCGGUUUCGCACUACUUGUGGGACGACGUGCAGAGCGGCGGCAAUCCGAACAAUAACCCACUAUGCGGCAAGAAGAUACGGGUCCGGCGCGACGGCGAGGGUUCGGUGGAUGUCACCGUUGUGGACCGAUGCACUGGAUGCGCGCCGACCGAUCUCGAUUUGAGUCCCGCGGUGUUCGACAAAUUGGCCAAUAAGGACGAGGGCAGAGUUACGGGCACAUGGAGCUGGUUGGACUGA